AUGGGGAACGACCGCGAACUUCUCGCUAGUUUACUACGCCAUCUCUCAACCACCUUCAAGAUCCGUGAUCUGGGAACCCCGAUUUUUUUCCUUGGCAUUGAAACAAUCCCAGUAGAGGGUGGUCUCCUCCUCUCUCAACGCCGCUAUAUGGACGAUAUCUUAAACCAGGCCGGUAUGACUGAUUGUAAGCCGCUAUCUACUCCUGCAACACUCACUCAGGCCACGUCUCUGCCGACUGAGCUCUUCAAGAAUCCCACUCAGUAUCGUCGGCUCGCCGGGGCCUUCCAGUAUCUCACCAUAACGCGGCCUGAUAUUUCAUAUGCAGUUAAUCGGCUUUGUCAGUUUAUGCAUGCUCCAACCGAUGAGCACUGGGGUUUCUUAAAAAGAGUCUUACGAUAUGUAAAGGGUACGUUGUCUCAUGGUCUACGCAUGUCUUCAUCACCGUCUUUGGACAUUCACGCCUAUUCAGACUCUGACUGGGCAACCGUCGACAAGAAAUCGACUAGUGGAUAA